AUGUCGGCGGUCACGAAGCUCACCGGAGCGGCCAAGUUUGUCGCGCGCCGCCCUUGGCUCCAGGCCUUUGUUGACCGGGCGAACGAGUGGCAGUCGAGGGGUUACCGCCAGCUCGGACUCAAGUACGACGAUGUCCUCGAUGUCGAAGAGUCGCCCAUCGGCCAGCUUGCUCUUAAGCGCCUUUCCCCCAAGGAGUCCUACGACCGUGUCUACCGUAUCCGCCGCGCCGUCCAGCUCAGCAUUACGCACAAGAUCCUUCCCAAGGAGCAGUGGACGAAGGUAGAAGAUGACAAGCCCUACCUCCAACCCAUCAUCGACCAGAUCAAGGCGGAAAUCAAGGAGAAGGAGGCUCUCGACUCCAUGGAAGUCAUCAAGAGCCAUUAA